AUGGCCGUUUCAGAUAUGCUUAAUCGCCGAGUGCGUGCUCGUCCAGAUGACGAGGAUGUUUACUCAGAGGCCUCGGGAUCCGACGACGAUGUUUCACAGCAAGGCAUUGGACCCAACUCGGACGACAUUCAAUCCGAGGGAUCAGAUGAGUCCGAAGCCGAAGAGAAGAACACACCAGGAUCAGACUCCGAGUCGGACAACGAAGAACCAGGCUCAGACGAGGCCUCAGACUCAGACGAUAACGGCGAAGACUUCAAAUCCACUCUAGCCAACAUAUCCUUUGGCGCACUCGCCAAAGCACAAGCCUCAAUGAGCAAGAACAAGCGCAAAGACCGCCAAACCUCAAACCAAGACCCCAGCACCGACGCAGCAAGCACGCUAGACGACAUCCGCACCAAACUCCGCGAAGCACGCGAACAGAAAGCCUCAGCGCUAACCCGAAAAGAAAAAGAGCGCGAAGCCAAAGAAAAGAAACGCGCCUCCAAACACGCCCCUAUGGAACAAUCAUCCAAACGCGCCGUCACCCGACGCCGAACAAUCGUCGAACCAACCAACGCCCCCAAAGCGCGCGACCCCCGCUUCGACGCCGCAGUCAUGGGCCACAGCGGUGCGGGCAAGCACCCGUCCGGCGGCAAAGCCUACGCAUUCUUAGACGAGUACCGAGCAUCGGAGCUGAAAGACUUGAAAGAUCAGCUCAAGAAGACGAAGAACGCAGACCAGAAAGAGGUCCUUAAGCGGCAGAUUAUGUCUGCGCAGGAUCGGAUGCGGUCGGCGGCGAAUAAGAAGCGCGAGGCGGAUGUCCAGGCUGAGCAUAAGAAGCGCGAGAAGCAGAUGAUUCGCGAGGGCAAGAAGGCUACACCUUAUUAUCUCAAGAAUUCUGAGCUCCAAAAGCAGGUUCUUGAGAAGAAGUUCGGGGAGAUGGGGAGUCGGGAGCGUGGAAAGGCACUUGAGCGGAGGAGGAGGAAGAUGGCUUCUAAGGAGAGGAAGGAGAUGCCUUGGGAGCGGAGAGGAUUUGGGGAGGAGGAUGGUAUGCCCAAUGGAGGAAAGAGGAGGAGAUUGGAAUAG